AUGAUGAAAGGAAGUCUGCUCUGGAGAGAAAGCGGCGUCGGGCGUGUGACGGAACUGACCGCGGAAGGAGUUCUUCACGGCAUGGGGGAGACGUGCCGACCGGUGACAGAAUACCUCCGGCGGCAGCUAGCCAUUGCCAUGGCGUGCGAGUCAACCGAGGAAUCAUCGCCACCAAAGUCACCUAGAAAGCAAGUGAUUGCACGGGAUGCGCUCAUGGGGUUGGGCACGAUGGCCACGCUAUGUGGCGACGACAGAGGCGCACGCGACCUGUAUGAGCGUGCUGUGCAGUGCUGCCGGGCAUCUGGGGACUGGAUAGGCCUAGCACACGCUCUCGCGGCCAAGGCACACCUUCAAGCCGCCGCGGGGCGCUUCGAGGAGGCUGUGGGCGGAUUCAAACUCGUGCUCAAGCUUGCUUGCGAGUUGAGAGACGAUGCCUUGGCAGCGUCAGCCCACAGCUGCUUGGGCUGGGCGAUGGCAUCUCGAGGGGGCGUGAAAGAGGCACUGGGCCACUUUCGUCAGUGGAGAAACAUUUCCUGCCGCAGUUUGGAAAGCUCUUCCGCCGCCGCGUCCGAGCUAUGCAUCGCUCACAUGCACGUACGCCUGGCGAUUGUCCUAAGUGGCGAUGGUGAUCAAGCAGUUUGUCACGACACACCUCAAACCGACCCCAAUCCGGCGCUCGAAUUAUCGUCGCACGCGGAGCUCGUUGGAGCGCGGAGACACUACUCCAGGUAG